CACCGCGGAUCGAACCGAUGCUUCAGUUGGUGGUUAGAAUUCUGUCGGAGCACUUCCCACAGUGACUUUCAAGCGUUCAAACGUGUGCCGUGUGCCUCGAAUACCUCACCCAGCGAUGGCUAAGCUAGUGUACCUUAUCCUUGCCCUGUGCGUCGUUCAGGGAACCUUCGGUCUCGUGCGCCGUGACGCGCCCGCCACACCGACGGGUGAGAAGUCGUUCCUGGACAACCUGCUGGAGGUGGGCGGCAAGAUACAGGUGGCGUUCGAUGAGACGCGCCAGAGCGUCCUGAAGUCGCUCGGGUUCCAGUCCGACGAGGAGGUUGUGCAGACGAUCCAGAAAAACACCAACCAGUACGUCGAGCGGCUAAAGAGCGUGCAGGGCACCAUCGACCAGGAGCUGAAGAAGCACACGGACGUGUUCGAUCCGAUCGUGAAGGACCUGAACACGAAGCUGGCCGAAACGACGGCCACCCUGUCGCAGCAGCACCCGGAGGUGGCCCAGAAGGCGAAGGAGUACCAGCAGCAGGUGCAGACCAACCUGCAGUCGCUGGUCGCCGAGGCACAGAAGACGGUCGAGAAGCUGAAGCAGGACACGCGGGCACCGACGGAGGAGCUCCAGAAGGCGCUGAAGCAGAUCUACGAUUCGACCUUCGAAACGCUCACCAAGACGGUCGACGAGCUGAAGCCAAAGAAUUAGACCCGCGCCGGAAAACACGGCCCGGAUUUCCUGCCCGGUGAAGUGAAGUGCGGCCUUUGUUACGUUUGAGUUCUAUCGCUCUUUAAAGGAGCGCUAUCCAACGAUGCGUUCCUGUGGCUAUGUUCGCCAUUAAAGGUUAAUAAAACCCCCGUAAAUUGUCUACAUA